AUGGCCACAGACGCAGCGGCCCUCAUCGAGUCCGCCAAGAAGGCCGCGGCCUACCGGGCCGUCGACGACCACCUGCUGCCCUCGCACCGCUUUGUCGGCAUCGGCUCCGGCAGCACCGUCGUCUACGUCGUCGACGCCAUCAAGGCCAAGGGCGCCGCCUUCCACGGCCACAUGACCUUUGUGCCCACCGGCAGCCAGUCGCGGGGCCUCAUCGCACGUGCGGGCCUGCGCGCCUGCGGCCUGGAGGACCGCGGCGGCGGCAGCGCGGACGGCCGGCCCGCGGCGCUGGACGUCGCGUUCGACGGCGCGGACGAGGUUGACGAGGAGCUCAACCUGAUCAAGGGCGGCGGCGCGUGCCUGUUCCAGGAGAAGCUCGUCGCCGCGGCGGCCAAGAAGUUUAUCGCCGUAGCAGACUCACGCAAGCAGUCGCCGCGGCUCUGCACAAAGUGGAAGGCGAUCCCCAUCGAGGUGCUCCCCAUGGCAGCGCCGGACGUCCUCGGGCGGCUCGUGGACAUGGGCUCGACCGGGCCCGCGGUGCGCUCCGGCCUGCCCAGCAAGGCCGGCGAGUGCGUGACGGACAACGGCAUGUGGAUCGUCGACGCGCCGUUCCCGUCGCUGCUGCUGCCGAAGGACCUCAAGGAUGGGCAGGACGGCGCGGGCAAGGACGGCGUCUGGGAGGUCGGCAGGCUGGCGGACGCGCUGAUCCGGCUGCCGGGCGUCGUGGAGAUUGGUCUCUUUUACGGGUGCAACGGCGACGAGGCGUCCAAGACAAAACAGCUGCUGCCGGCGCAGAAGCCGGUGGCGGCGUACUUUGGCCUGCCGACGGGCGAGGUACAGGUGCAGAACGCGGCGUAG